UUUUCCUUCUUCCAGCAGCCCGGACAGGUAGAAAUCGGCCAGGACCGCCGGCAGCUGAACGAGCGAGUGGAGCAGGACUCCGAGCAUGGAGCAUAUCGCGGCGUGGGGUGAGGAGAGAGUCACCAAAUGGCUCCAAGGUCUGGAUGCUCCCACCGAUCAGUACCAGGUUUCAGAGUGGCAUCUGUCAGGUCUGGAUCUGCUCCAGUUGACAUCCCAGGAUCUGGAGGUGUUGGGAGUACAGAAGAUUGGACACCAGGAGCUCAUUCUGGAGGCUGUGGAGAAGCUCUGCUCUCUGACUUAUGGCAUUGGAGGAGAGAGCCUGCGAGGCCUGACUGAAAAGCUGUGCGCUGUUGCCCAAUCCCUGCAGAUGGGCAUCCAGAGCCGUUGGCGCCGCAAUGGCUACGACGGACGGAGCACUACCAAGCUGCCAGCUGGCAUUCUGAAGAAUGUAAUUGAGCUCAUCACUUCUGCCAAAGGUCUCUUCUCUUUGCUCAACAGAUAUCAGUUAUCCCAGCUCAGCGGCAACACCUCCACCCAGAACAUAUUCACUUAUUGCAGAGAUCUUGGAGACAUCGUGCACAAGGAUACCACGGUCUAUGAGAAAGAGAAGGACAUCAUCUCUGUUUGCCGUCCGUUGGUGGAGGUUUGUGACGAGAUCCUGAGCUCCAGGUCCGAAUCACUUCUAACCCACACGGUUCAGCUGGAGAGUGUCAACCUGGUGCCUGCUUUGCCUGGUGAUGAGUUGGGGAUCGAGAUAACAUCUACCAGCUCCAGCAACCACUACGUGACUGGAAAGGCUGCUGAGCCCUCCACAGAUGCCUAUUUGAGAGUCCUGUCUGGUGAUGAAGUGGUCCAAGUCAACGACCAGAUAGUGGUCGGUUGGAGCAGAGCCAACCUUAUUAAGAAGCUGCGGGAGAAUCCCAAUGGAGUGACUCUGGUCUUAAAGAAGAUCGCUGGAACGGUGCAACACAAGCAUUCAAUCCAGAUCCCCGUCGUGAAGAAGGAGGAAGAGGAGAGAAAAGAAAGGUCAGAGGGAGAAGAGCAGGAGGACAAAGACAAGAAUCCGAGGCACUCCAUAUUUGACAGAGUGGCAUCUUCUGUCAGAUUCUCAUCAUUUAGGCGGGCCGUUCAUGGGCCAGAGGUUCGACAGCAGCCUAUGGGACAGGAAGAGUCUGAGUUACCUUCUGACAAGGAACUGGAGAAGAGUCUGACUUUAACCGCAUUUCAAAACCAACCGGGCCGGUUGUCUCCUCUGCCGGCGUCAGUGUUUGAGGGUUCGGAUGGUUUGAAGCCUUCUCCAAAACUCAGGAGAGACCGGUUGCCCUCAACAAGAAGCCUUUCCCCUUUUGAAUUUAACCAAGACAGAAGUAGCGUCAGCUCCUACCCGGAAAUGGUGGGACACACGACAAAUAAGGAAACCAAGAAGACCACUACAAAAGGAAUGUCGAAAGCUCUGAGCCGACGUCGCGUGUCCUGCCGGGAUUUGGCUCAUCCCGAAUGUGAUGGCUGGCUCUGGAAGAAGAGGAAGGAGAGCAGCGUCUUCAUCACCCAGAAGUGGCACCGAUUCUGGUUUGUUCUGCAAGGAGCCAGUCUUUACUGGUAUAACACCCCACAGGAUGAAAAAGCCGAGGGUCUUCUCAAGAUAGCCAGCUACAACUUAGAGAGUGCUGGAGAGCACAAGAGAAAAUUCGUUUUCCAAAUGACCCAUCAGAAAUUUCAUAACUUCUUCUUCGCUGCUGACACUGCCAGCGACCUGAGAAAGUGGGUUAACAGUCUGAUUACAUCCAUACAAAAGUACAAGAAGCUCCAUAAAGGUCCAGCUAUUGAAGAAGAUUGUUACAGCGAAACUGAAUCGGAGAGUGAAUCGUCUCCUUCACCUCGCAGGAGAAACAAGAAGGUGCAGUCUAACACGCUGCCUCUAACCAAGGAGAAAGUAAUCAAGGCGCCAUUAUCAACUCCUUCAACAGAGGGCAGCAAAGAAGGUGGCACUGUCGAUGAGAUGGGAAUGAUGUUUAACAACCUCAAGGAAGGAGGCGUUUCUCUGAUUGGCCAUGAGCAGCCGUUCACGCACGACCACUUCAGGAAGUCCUUCAUUCGGCGCAACAAGAACCCAAUCAUCAAUGACAAGGUGCACACGCUGCGAGCCCUGCAGAGCACGCUGAAGGCUAAAGAAGCUGAGUUGCUGGAGAUCAACAAGAUCCUGGAGGACUAUAACCUGACUGCGUCAAAGUACAGGCGAUGGAAGGAGCAUAACGAGGAGCUGGUUUCGGAAAUCGAGAAGCUGGCCACCCAUAGGGCCUCCGCAGGAGGAAAGGACAUUGCUCCAGUGCAGGACACGCAUGCUGAGGACGUUGCCUUGGAAACUGUUGCUACAGAAACAGCCAUAGCAACAGAGACAGCAGAGACUGAAGGUGCGUACAGACUAAGCCUAAGCGAUGGCGAGAUGCUCGUAGACGCAGAGCCAUCUAAUGUUCUCCGGGAGAUCCCACAGGGAUCCCUGAGUCUUGAGUCGAGCCCAGAGCUGGAACUCUCUCUGGGAUCGCUGCAGGACUCCAUAAACAAUCAGCUGCGUAAAAAUGCAGAAAGCAGAGAAGCUGCUGAUCAUUACUUCUACAUUUAGAGCAACGGUGGCUCAGUAAAGCCAAUUUAAUGCAGCCCCUUUCAGACAAGAAGAAGACGUUUGCCAUGGAGCUGUGCAACAGAAGCAAAUUUUUACUUGUUCUCUGAGGACAUUUAGGUGCAAGGAUCACUUAAUGUUGCCCCUCAAUCAUCUGCAUCCUUAAAGAUUUCAUCUGCCAAGUGUUCAGCACAUAUUUAUGAAAUUCUGAACUGAUUAUUUUAAUUUUACGUUGGACUUCUUUUAAAAAUCUGUAAUUUUCUUAUAGGCCAUGCCUUUUAAUAUGUUUUGUAAAUAUUUAGCUAUAAUUACUGUUUUUAUUGGUUUACUCACAGUACCUUAAUGAAGGUAUAAGUGAAAAAUGUUUUAUUGAACCUUUCGAGCUGAGUUGCUGCUGUUGCUCGUGUUGGUCACAGCUUUUUUUUUUUUUCCAUUGUGCUUUCCUUCACCACUUCUGUGCGCUUGCUUAUGAAACCUUUAUUAGACUGGUUCUCCUUCUUGCCCGUAUCUGCUGUGAAAGAAGCAGAGAAGGCUUCUUCACAAUGGUUGAAAAGAAUAAAGAGAAUUUAGGUCUGAUAUAUGCAAGCGCAUCUAAAUACAUUGAAAUAUGAUGAAAAUGAAUUUUUAUUUCAGUAAUUUAAAUCAAGCUGUGAAAUAUACAUUAUCUACAUUAACUCCACUCAGAGUGACACAUUUUAAGUGUUUCUUUCUGGUCAUUUUUGAUGAUGAUGGGCUACAGCUAAUGACAACCAAAAAUUCAGUUUCUCAUAAAAUUAGAAUAUUACAAGGGACAAACAAAAAAGGAUGACUUUGGACUUGAUAAAAGACUGGACCACCACCAGCAGAUGACAUGGCUCCACUGAUCAUCACUGACACUGGACCUCAAGCUGUUUGGAUUCUCUGCCUCUCCACUCAAACACUGCGACCUAAUGCAAAAUGUACUUUUACCUGACAAGAAGACUUUGGACUUCUAAGCAACAGUCAAGUCCAUAGUUCUUCUUAGCCUUGGUAAGAUGCUUUGGACAUUGUCUCUUGUUUAGGUCACUUAAACCAAGCAAUGUUAGAAUUUGAGUCCAUGUCCUAAAUUUCCCAAACUCUUAAAAUAACUGCUUCACAAUCUUCUCAAGGAUUUGGUUAUCCUUGUUGCUUGUGCAACUUUUUAGCACAUGUUUUCCUUUUACUCAACUUUCUACUGAUUUGUUUUGACUCAGCAGUUUGUGAAUGGCCAACAUCUUUAACAAUGAUUGUGGCUUACCCUUCUUAUUGCAUGUCUCCCUAACUGUGUGCUGGACAACUAUGAAGUCAGCAGUCUUCCUCAUGAUUGCGUAGGCUAUAAUAAGGCAUUUCUGUUUUAAAUGUCUUUUUUUAAAUGGUCUGAGAAAGUAAAUGUUGGGUUUUCAUGAGCUAAACGGCAUUUUUAGCAAUAUUAGCAGAAAUAAACAUUAAUCAGUUAUUGUGUGGUUAAUCUAUGUCAUAGUUUUAAAGUAUAAUUUCAAUUACUGAAAAAAAUUAUGAUAUUCUAAUUUAUAAAGAUGCAGCUGUAUAUUAACUCACUGGAAUUUCCUAGCCUUUAUUAUUUUGCUGAGGGUCCUAAAUUUGUCCUCUGAAAGUCCCUCACACAAUAAACAUUGAAUAUUUUUAAUCUCCUGCCCCCCCCCCCCCCCCCCCCCCCCCCCCCCCUUGACCAGAGCACAAACAUGUCAUGCAUUACUGUAAUAUCAAUUACAUGUCUGUUCUGUAUUGGCUUCAAAUGUGAAAAAUGACUGAUAUCCAUUUCAUUCUUAGGGUCGAGGUACUGCCAUUAUUAAAAUAAUGUGUCCAGUG